GUAAAAAACAGUCGCUGAAAGAUGAGAGGGGCUGAGGAAGAACACCAGGUGAGGAAAAGCUGCAGUUCAGUGCACCGCGUCGGAGGAGACGGCGCUUUGCGAAAUGUCGAUUGGCAAUUGACAUUUAUCACGACCCCCGCGGCCGUCCUAGGACGAGAUAAUGAAAAUUCUCUCGUCGCCUGGUCUUUCCUCGCCACGAGUGAUUCGCGUUUUUGCAAUCGAAUGGCGAGUUUAGAGGCUUGAGCGUCACGAUCGGUACUUGACUUCGAAAACAUCUCUCUCCAUCGGUCUCUCGUGAAGACAUUCGGGUAACACAUGUUCAGAAUAUCCACCUGACCAGCGGGGAGCAGGCAAUAGUGCAAAAUGAGCAUGAAAAGUAAUGCCACUCUUUAAAUUCCAACAACGACGUACGGUUAAUGCAAUUGUUCCUGGCGGCGUGACCUGGAACAACGGCGAAUACACGAUUUGCGAGGAAUCGCAGUAAUUUUUAACCGGCCAGUUACUUUUUACUCGAUAACCGGUCGAACGAUGAGGGAUGAGGGUCUUGAGGGUAACGAGGAUGCAGUUCGGGGCUCACGCACCUCAGGACACCCCGACAAUGGUGUGCGUUGAAGGGGAAGAAGUGGAGGGAGAGGCUGACGCACGCCGUGUGCACGUCGCGAACUGAGGAACAUACGAAAACUGGUUUCCUGAGCGAUUCCCCAUUUAUUUAUUACACGUACGGUGGGUGAACGUGUGCCCCCGUCGGCAUCCCGGCGCGUGCAUCUCGCCAAGGACUCGGCUCGCGAGCGCGCGUUUAGAAAUGCCACUGGGCCCUCCGGUGCCACGGGAGGAAUCCUCGCCGAAAUGUAUAUGCGUGCACGCAGAAAAAUGUCAUUCUCAUUUUAAGAAAACCAGAUACUCAUUUUUUUUACCUCUUGCGUUCCUUCUUUGAAGUGACUGUUAUUUUUGCAAAGAAUAUCUCCUUGAUAACAGUCUCAAAGUACACUCCUCAUCUAUACUUGAAACAACAGUGAUAUUUACUUUAUAUUCUGGUUCUUUGAAUCAAUUUCCUACAAUAUUCCUCCAAAGAGUACGAAUCCUUUUUCAAAAUACAUAAAACUAUUGUCGAGAGAACAUUUUUUUCUUUGGUGAAGAUAACUGUUACUUAUUAGAAGAAAAAGGUAAAUUGAGUAAUCACCCUUUUUUCGACGGUAUUUUUAUGUGUGCCUGUAUGUAUUUCUACUUUUGCGUGCUCAUCGAGAGAGAAAGAAAGACAGAUAGACCCAACGCGUUAUGCGUUACAUUAAAAUAAUUAUAUCACGCAAAUUACGCAAAUUUCCGAGUAUUAUCGAGCUGUACUACUACUCCGUCUAAUAGCUUGAAUAAAUAUCUUUCUCCUGUUGCGUAAUGAAAGCGCGUGCCGGAUUAAUGCUGAUUCUAUGCGAAUUUCAAUCGAUGACCGCUUUUUAUAACUCGCCGCCGUAUAUUAUCGGUGCGACUGAAUUCUCAAUUACGUUGUAAUGUUUAUUACCCAACGUAAUUUCUGAUAUCACAAGUCAAAACGCCCGUCUGUUAUCAAGCGGGAGGUGAGAUCUUCCACGACAGAGUGAGCCUCAUUGUACGAUUUCGGGUCGCUUUCGCCGGUCUACGUAAUUUUGACCUUUUUUUUAUUAAUUCCUCAGCAUUGAAGAAGAUCUAUAUUCUUUCGCACGUGUCGUCGCACGCUCGUAACCUGAAUUUGGAAUAAACGUGUCUUUCGCCGUUGCAAAUGCCUCGCGUAAUAAUACGCGCGCUGCGAUGUUACUUCGCUCGCGACGACACAGAUAACCUUUGCUGCAUAAACCACGAAUUUAUCGGCCACCGAGGCGAUCAUCAUCAUCGUCGUCGUCGUCGUCGUCUCGCAAAGAAUCCCGAGGAUGCGUUCGUUAGAAUAAGGCGGCGAUUGGAUCGGGAGAAUAAAUAUAUUUAUGUAUUCCACCCACGCGUUGAGCUCGGAGUUUAUGAGUCGGAAACUCGACUUGUUACACUCGGUGCGCUACAUUGUUUUGAGAAAUUUUCGGGGCCGCGGGAAUGGAUUUCGCCGAAAGGUCAAAGGCCUCUCGACACGCGGGAAAUUCGUCGCACCUCGCUGCACAGGCGGAUGAUACCGCUCUUCCGGAAGAAUUCAUCUCACGGUUACGCACUUAAAGGGAUAUUGAAUCAUUAACGAUUUCACGGAAUUGCGAGCAGGCGGUUAAUUCCCGUGCACUAGGGGGCAAUUUCGCAGUCACGUACCUACGCAUGAACAUUACGUUUCAAAUUACGUCUCUUUCACUUCUCGUUCGAGCGGGUUUCCUCUUUUUUCACGUUCGCGGACGUGUUUCCGUCUUCAGACGGAACUCUCCCGUAGGCGUCGCAACGCGUCCUCUUGACAGCGCUAUACGUUGUAUUUACUUUGUGAAUAUUCCCUGAUAUCCCUCGAUACUGCGUCUUAAACUUAAAGUGGCACUUAAGUGCACCGUGAAGCGCGAUUCCCGAAGAAAGUAACGCGGCGCGAGUGACACUUUCUCAGGUUUAUGAGUGCAAGGCAUCAUUCGCGAAUGCUUUCGGGACAUCGUUUUCAUGAGGAUCAUAAAAAGUAGUUUCGUAAAAGAUUCCGUUUUCACUUCUCCAUGUGCAGCGAUCAAAGUCACGGCUCGGACCUUGAAUAUUGGACGGCGACACAUUUGUACCUGAGAUUAUCUUCAUUAUAUUAAUCGAUGUUUCUAAAGCUCCUAAUGUAACGUGCUAAUCCUUCUAGCUCUCUUUUAGGCGCUCAAAACAACGUUAUAAAUCCAGCUUUUAGAUUCUACCAUGCAGCAUUCCUGAUGCGAUUUUUAUCCGAAGAAGAAGCUGAAGUAGCUAAUCCGACGAUGAGCCGAGUUAAAAAUGGGUUCCACGUCGGGCAAGUCGCGGUGGCGCAAAAAUAAGAGAAAUAAAUCAUGGAGCCAGGUAGAAGAUAUAGGAUCCGCGCGCAAACAAUUAAUUCUGCAUUCCGUCCCAUGCAGAACCAGCAUCCCUCUAAAUUUCCCGCCCCCUAGAUUUUCAUUUUGCCUUUGUUUUAGGGAUUAUAUUUACAGGUUUGAAAACUAUACUGUAUUCGUGUCUUUCUUCGCGUCUGAAUCAGACGUUAAUUGAAAGUUUUAAGAAGAAUGUUGUCAUAAUAAUAAUUAUCAUCAAAAUAUUAUAACAAUCAUAAUGUAAUAAUUUUUACAGUUAAAUUAUCUAGUGGAAUCCCGAUUAUUCAUCGAUUCCGUCUUUUUUAAAGAAACAGGACCUCGCUUCUUCCCUGAUGCCUCCUUGAAAGGUGGCAGCACGAUCCGGAAGGUGAAAGUCCCACGAUGAAGAGGGAAGGAGUGGUGGUGCACAUAUAGAGGGGCGGAGAGGGCGCGGCUUGUCCAGACGUUCUCCGUCCUGACGACGACGACGAUGUCGCCGAAGUUGAUAUUUCUACUGGGAUCGCUGUGUCUACUUGCCGGGACACAGGUCAGAGCGCAGGAUGAGGAAGGCGGCGACGGGCUUGACGCAAACGCCGAGGAACUUUGUCAGGACAGGCCGGGCGACGAAUACUUUCGCUUGAGUAUUGAAGGCGACUGUCGCGAUGUCGUGAGGUGCGACAAAGCCACCGAGAUCGGCGUGACCAGGUUGGCGACGGUGCGGUGUCCCACGGGUCUCGCGUUCGACAUCGAGCGGCAGACCUGCGACUGGAAGACGAACGUGAAGAACUGCGAUCAGCUCGAGAAGCCGCGUAAGGUUUUGCCCAUCCUCAAGACCGACGAACCCGUCUGCCCGGAGGGAAAACUGUCGUGCGGUAACGGCGAGUGCGUCGACAAGGAGCUCUUCUGUAAUGGCAAGCCCGACUGUAAGGACGAGUCUGACGAGAACGCCUGCACCGUGGAGACCGAUCCCAACCGUGCCCCGGAUUGCGAUCCCACGCAAUGCGUCCUGCCCGAUUGCUACUGUUCGGCCGACGGCACCCGUAUACCCGGCAACAUCGAUCCCCAGCAAGUGCCGCAGAUGAUCACGAUCACCUUCAACGGCGCCGUGAACGUGGACAACAUUGAUCUCUACGAGGAGAUCUUCAACGGGCAACGUCAAAACCCGAACGGUUGUCAAAUCCGCGGUACAUUCUUCGUCUCCCACAAGUACACCAACUAUUCGGCGGUGCAGGAUCUUCAUCGACGCGGUCACGAGAUCGCGGUAUUCUCGUUGACGCAUAAGGAGGAUCCGCAAUAUUGGAGCCAGGGUACGUACGAUGAUUGGCUAGCGGAGAUGGCCGGCGCCAGGCUGAUCAUCGAACGUUUCGCCAACAUCACCGACGGCUCCAUCAUUGGCGUGCGGGCUCCUUACCUCAGGGUCGGCGGUAACAAGCAGUUCGAAAUGAUGGCCGAUCAGUUCUUCGUGUACGACGCCUCUAUCACCGCAUCCCUGGGACGUGUGCCAAUUUGGCCGUACACGUUGUACUUCAGAAUGCCCCACAAGUGCAACGGCAACGGUGGUAACUGCCCGUCGAGGUCGCAUCCAGUCUGGGAGAUGGUGAUGAACGAACUGGACCGCAGGGACGAUCCCACCUUCGACGAGUCCCUGCCGGGUUGUCACAUGGUUGACUCUUGCUCCAACAUUCAGACCGGCGAGCAGUUCGCUCGUCUGCUCAGGCACAACUUCAACAGGCACUUCAACAGCAACCGGGCGCCUCUCGGUCUGCACUUCCAUGCGUCCUGGCUGAAAAGUAAGAAGGAGUACAAGGAUGAGUUGAUCAAGUUCAUCGAGGAGAUGAUCGCCAGGAGCGAUGUGUACUUUGUAACUAUGGUUCAGGUGAUCAAGUGGAUGCAACAACCCACCGAGCUCUCCGCGCUCAGAGAUUUCCAAGACUGGAAAGAGACCUGUGAUGAAAAGGGUUUGCCCUACUGCUCGUUGCCUAACGCUUGCCCUCUGACGACUAGAGAGCUGCCCGGCGAGACGCUGCGUCUCUUCACUUGCAUGGAGUGCCCUAACAACUAUCCAUGGCUGCUGGAUCCGACCGGCGAUGGCUUCUCCGCGAGGAAGUGAUCCAUCAUCCGUAAAACGAACGACGCGUCGACGCGCCGACCGGCCGUGCGAUCCGGUUAUUAGAGAUCUAUCGUUUUUUUUCCGGCAAGUCCGGAAAUCACGUCGGAUAAAAUGUGGUAAUCGACCACGGCGAGCCGAGGAACAAGGGCGCAGCUCUGAAAGACACGGAGAAAGCAAUCGGGCGACGAGCGCGUUGAGGCGCGUGAUUUCGGGCGAAAUCUCGGAAUCGUCUUAUCACGAUUAGAAAGCGUCAUCUUGGCCGCUUGAAGAUCAAGUCGUAACACUAAUAUCAAAGUGGAGUGAAGCGCCGCUGCUUUCGCAAGGGGAAAACGCACUGCGCCCGGUUUCUCUUCCGCGACUCGACUAUAAUAAUUAUUAUUUAUAUAAAUUAGGAUCAGUAAAAUAUAUAUCGCCGCAUUUGGUCGCGAGGCCGAUCGCGUACGAUUUCUCGUGGGAAACGCCAUCGCGUACGAUCGUCGACGAAAUUCGCGGGCAAAAAGUUCUAUUCUCUCUUGCCCGCCAGACGAGAGAACGGCGAGCCACCGUCUUAAGAGAUACAAUUCUCGAAAAUCGAUGCUCGACGGAAACGAGAUAAUCCCACUUGUACAUAACUACCAGAUCCUUGCCCUCCCUUUCUCAUCCUCAUUGUUUUCUAGAGACAAUUGUGUGCGGAACGACAACGGAAGCUCGCGGCCGAUGAAGCAAAAGACGAAAAGUUGAAUAUACCUAUCAUUCCGUGCCUCUCUGAACAUGUACUCUUAAGAAUUUAAACAAAGCGCAACAUUCUAAGUAAUUAAUUUCUAGUGUCCUUAUGUUUUCAAAUAAAAACUAUACGUACAAAAAAUA